AUGGCGAGCGUCACAGACUCCCGAGGAUUACCGGAACGAUUUAGAAGUUUCUCGACGAAGUAUUGCAUCAGAAGUCGCAGCGUUUCUCAUGUCACGUCGGCGCCUGUCAAGUUCCCCAACACUCCUGCCGAUUCUAGAACCAUCAUGAGAACAGCUCUAGUAGACCCUCCAGCGCAGAGCCCUAUAUUUGUAGCACCUCCCAGAGGUCGCUAUCCUGCCCACCAGGUCCGAGCUUUCGAUGACACUGGUGCGCAGAUAUCCAUCAUUCGAGAGGAUGAGAUUCCUUACGGAGCUCAGAGACAGGAGAAUAACAAACGGAACAGAGGCCUGGUACUGCGGGCCUGCCUGCCCGCAGUACCAGGCCUGCUUGGCAGACCUUUCGGCCCGCCCGCCUGCCCGCAGUACCGCCGGCCUUGCUUCCCGAGACUUCCGGCCGCCCGCCUGCCGCAAGUUACCAGGGCCGCUUGCAGACCUUUCGGCCCCGCCCGCCUGCCCGCAAGUAACCGGGGCGGCUUCGGCAGACGUUCUGGCCCGCCCAGCCUGCCCGCCAGUUACCAGGCCUGCUUGGGCAGACCUUUCGGCCCGCCCGUCCUGCCCAAGCCAGUAUCCGGGCCUGCUUCGGCAGACCUUCCGGACCCGCCUGCUGCCCCGCAGUACCAGGGCCUGCGUCGGCAGACUUCUGGCCGCCCGCCUGCCUGCCCGCAGUACCAGGCCUGCUUGGCAGACCUUUCGGCCCGCCCGCCUGCCCGCAGUACCAGGCCUGCUUCGGCAGACCUUCCGGCCGCCCCCUGCCCCAGUCCAGCCUGGCUGGCAGACCUCGGCCCGCCCGCCUGCCCGCUAGCCUGGCUUUCGGCCUUUUCCCGGCGGCCUGCCCGCGACCGGCCUGCUUGGCAGGUUUCGCCCCCCGCCUCCCGAUCGGGCCUGCUUCGGCAGACCUUCCGGCCCGCCUCCCCGCAGUACCAGCCUGCUUGGCGACCUUUCGGCCCGCCGCCUGCCCCAGUACCGGCCUGCUUCGGCAGACCUUCCGCCCGCCCGCCUGCCCGGUACCAGCCUGCUUGGCACCUUUCGGCCCGCCCGCCUGCCCGCAGUACCGGGCCUGCUUCGGCAGACCUUCCGGCCCGCCCGCCUCCCGCGUACCAGGCCUGCUUGGUCUAG